UAUGAGCAUGGUGAUGUACACAAUAAUUAUUGCAGAUUGCAAAGUACAGCCGAUUUGCAUUUUGAUUGUCAUAUUCGUGUUGAGCCCAUACAAAUUGAUAUUGAAUCAUUUUAUUUCAGUAACAUGACUUGUGCAAAAAUUUGUUGACCAGAGUAAUGUACAGGGUAUAGGGCGGUGUCAGACAUAAAGUACAAACAUGUGUGCAUCCCAUGAUGUUUGAACCCUAACCCUAACCUUAAUAUUUGAGGUCGACUGACUCCCUCAAAACUGUGCGAACAUGUAGUUCACUUCAAACUUUCAGUCUGAUGCUGUCUGCUUGUAUCUCUAUCUACAACUGUGUCUAUUCUUUAGCACCUGUCGCCUCACUUUGCCCCAAAGUUGGUUUUUAAAAUUCUGAACAAAGCACUUGGGUGAAAAAGAAGUAAGAUAAAAUAACAAACACUAAGGUAAAACUGACUUCUUGUCGGACCAUGAGCUUAGCCGCACCCCGCCAUCUUGUCACCUGCACUCGUGACGUCAGCGACAGGCAGACUUGAGCAACGACGGCGGCGGCGGCGGCGGCGGCGGCACCAAGCUGACCGCACCACCACCACCAUCUCCGCCGGCGACAGCGCGUUUGGCCGCCAGCCACUCUCAGCGCUGAUGGUCGUGGCAGAGCGGCAGGGGAGAGAACUUUGAUGUGGUCAUUACGAAGCCGGGAAGGGGGCCCGUAGUGGGGAGGGGGGAAGCAGGGACUUUGAUAUCCAAAAGUCGUGUGCAUCCUUGCUUUACCUCCAGUCCCUCAGCCUCACACCAGGCAUCUCGGGCCAGGUCCGGCAGGCGGUGUCCGAACCAUAGCCCUCGCCAUAAUCCACUUUGCCCUGACAAGCAUCUUAGGACCUGCCGACUGCCUCCCUGUCCAUGGUGUCUGCUCAGGCUAACAGGCUAACGCUUAACACGGACAACGAGGUGAAAGCGGACAACUGGAUGGCCAUCCAUAAGGAAUGCAUGUCGUUGUAAGCCGUGAAGUCCAAGUCAGAAGACUUCGUUCUUUCCUGGGAACUGCUAAAAGAUACCCUCCAUAUCCUACAAGUCAGAGCCAUCGUCUGUAACGCUAGUUUAUGGAGAGGCGGCAGGAUUCAAUGAGUGCCUUCAGUCGCACUGGGGGCCAAAGAUAACCAUUCACCAACAGAAUUAAAUUAAGGGUUGAUCAACACUCAGCCAUUCACCUGUUUGAAGAUAGACUGCUCUCCAGGACGUGGCCUUGAGACAGCAGUAAAUCGUUUAGACUGUCCACCAAAGUAUGUCCUACUCCAAGAAAGGAAAAUAAGGGACCCUGGAUGUUGCAAGGAAGACUAGUCAUGAAAUACAGCCCCUCCGUGCAGCUCCUUGUUCUAUUGGGCCUCGUUUCGCCAGCUGCAACUUUUUUCAUGCACCAACAUGACCAUCGUAGCAUUGCCAACGCCAACAAGAUGGCGGCGACCUUCCUUCAGUACCGGACGGUGUCGGAAGUUGAGGGUAAUCCUAGACAUCAGGAGGCACCCAGCAGGCAGGAGGGAACAAGGGACCUGCACAUCAGUGACUUACUUGAUGCCCGGGGCCACAGAGACUGGCCAGUCAGCGCCGACACUUUGCCUGUCGAUGCUAAAAAGAAGAUGAAGCUUGCCAGCAGUGUAGGUCACCCACACAGCCAUAGUGCCGUACAGUGGGAUGUACAUAGUCUUUCUCAACCUUUAAGUGGCCUUGACCCCCAAAGCCGCCUAGACCACUGGGAAGCUAGUGAGGUCAGACGGUACGAAGAUGAGCAGGACACUGAAAGUUUGCGAGACUGGAGUCAAGCUUUUACUGGCCUCCAUAGUCCCUCUGCGGUUUGGCUGAUGUGGAAUAAAGACUACGGGCAGAGACAAGAUGACCCUGACGAGUUAGUCAGGUGGGCAGAGCAGCCUCUUGACCUUGGCCUAUUCCCGGGGGACAACACCGACUCCAAGUGGCUUGAUCUGCAUGAUGCUCAGCUGGAUGAUACACAGUCGCAAGUCAUGGAUGACGAACAGUCGCAAAUGAUAGAUGAUGAACAGUCGCAAACGAUGAAAGAUGAGUGGUUGCAUGAGACAAAAAAUGAAGAUUCCAGCGACGUUAUACAACAAGAGAAAGAGGCGGCGGUAGAAGACGACAUGACAGAAUACCAACGACUGGGUGAAGAUACAGACAACUACAUGGUCGAUUCGGAAAACAAGAAAGUCUUUGAAAAGCGCCAUGGUGGAGCGAUGGACAAGAAGGUGUUUGUGGACGGCCCUGACGACCGUCUGCGUGUCUUCCUUUCCCAGAUGCGCAAGUUCCCCUUCUCCAACAUCGCGCGCCUGUCCACGGGCUGCACGGGCACGCUGGUCACGCCCCGUCACGUGCUGACAGCCGCACACUGCGUGCACACGGGCCUGAGUUUCCACUCCAACCUGCACACGCUCAAGCUGGAGAUCCCGGACACCAUGGGCUUCCGCGUGUACUACGCCCACAAGAUCAGCGUGCCGCAGGGCUGGCUGCGAGAGGUCAGCAACGAGAGCUACAAGGGGCGGCCUGACCCCAGCCAACAUGCGGCCUACGACUAUGCUGUGGUGCGCCUCAAGCUGCCCGUGUCUGGCCGCACGCGCUUCCUGCCGCUGGCUGUACCACGCGCCGACGUGCUGACCCUCAACAUCCACUUCCUAGCCUUCCCAGAGUACGAGCACGGCCUGUGGCAGUCGGUGUGUCAUGCUUCAUCGCACAUGGCAGGACUGGACGGCAACCUCAUUCUCACCAGAUGCGAUGCGGCAGUGGGCAACUCGGGGGCGGCGGUUUUCACCAACGAACCAAAAGAGGGCAUGAAGGUGGUGGGUGUGCUGUCCAACACCAGGCACGUGGCGCACGACAACGCCUACGACCGCUACAGCAUCAUCACGGCGCUGACGUGGCCCAAGCUGUCGGACAUUUGCCGGCAACUGGGUGGCCUGGCGCAGGAAUACAACGUGUGCCCUCACGUGCGCUUCCUGAGGCUGGCCCACACCCCUCACCGCCUCACUUCCUCACUUCGCUUCUUCGGCAAACGGAGCAGCGUGCGAGUGUGAGGCGUCAGGCCUUGCGAGCUGCGUUCACUGUCAUGUGAAAUAAAAGAAAUAUUUUGAAAA